CUGUCGGUUUUCUCUUUUCAGAUCUGGAAAGGCAAAAAGGCAAAUUUGGAAGACGAGUUGGAACUGGCCGAUAAGAACAAACCGGAAGAAAAUCUAGAGACUAACAUCAAACGCUAUGCAAGUCACAUGAGUCUUCAACCGGAUGGGAGAUUCGUCGGAGAACUUCCAACUCCUCCUCCAGAACUUCUGCGAUCGUUGUCCCGUGAUGUAGCCCGAACCUACCCAUCACUGUCGGUGGAGGAUCAGGCAAAAAUUCUAGCCUAUAGGCUUAGUAAGAGUACGCCCAAAGAUCGUCUUCAUUAUCGAAUUCGAGCGGCGAGAAUUCUAAGCUCCGGCCUGAGAAAAAGCGAAAUCGAACGGGAAGUGGAGGAGAACCUCUUGAAGUAUGAUGGUGUUACCGUACCUGACGAAAGAAAGAAACCUACGGUCGAGUUUGCUGCAAGAGUCUACGCUGUCGAACCCACGGACAAAAGAGUCACCCUCACGAUUAUCCGACACGGGCCCAUUGACAAGGAGAUCACUCUGAACUAUUGCACCCAAAGCGGAAUGGCCAAGAAACAUCUGCACUUUCUGCCCAAGUCCGAAACGAUCCGUAUGGCAGCGAAUGAGAAGACCCGAGAGGUGACGGUCGAUCUUGUCGAGGGAGCUGACUGGCGACCAAAUCACAACUUCUACGUCAACCUAAAGAUACAGGAUCAGCCCGAGGACGGCAAGACAAAGCUUGGCUCGUGUGAUGUGGCACGAGUACGAUAUCCCGAUGACACGGCGUCUUUGAUGGGAGGCGCUGCAAUGGAGUUUGUUAAGGCGAACUAUGAAUAUGAGAAGUAUAUCGACAUAGAGAUAAUCGACGACAAGCACGACGAAAAGGAUGAAACCUUCACCGUCGAGAUUGUUUUGGUUGAAGGGGAAGGCGAGGUGGCUAUCGGACGAAAUCGCCGUACUGUGGUGACAAUCAUUUCUGAUGACAAUGUCUUGAUGAACCUGGUCAACGUACAUAAGCUUACAAGUCAUUACAUUCAAAAACUCUCCAAUUACAAAUCGUCAUGGAUGGAUCAGAUACGUGAGGCGAUGUCGGUGAACGCUGGUGAUACGGCUCAUGCAACUUUUAUGGAGUGUAUGCUGCAUGGUCUUGCAUUCCCAUGGAAAUUUAUUUUCUGCUUCGUCCCACCUCCAAAGAUUUUCGGCGGUUGGCUGUGUUUCCUCGUUGGAUUGGCACUUAUUGGAGUUCUCACCGCCAUAGUAGGUGACCUUGCGUCAAUCUUUGGAUGUAUGGUCGGUAUGAAAGACGCUAUAACUGCCAUUACCCUUGUCGCUCUGGGCACAAGCUUGCCCGAUACCUUCGCCUCAAAGAUCGCGGCUGAGAACGAUGAUUCUGCCGAUAAUGCAAUAGGAAACGUGACUGGGUCGAACUCUGUGAACGUGUUCCUUGGCCUCGGUCUUCCUUGGCUCAUCGCAUCUAUUUAUUGGGCUGCUAAGGGUGAAAGCUUUGCUGUUCCCGCUGCUGAUCUUGGUUUUAGGUACGUUAUACGGAAGUUCUUUUUGCUUAUUUUUGGUUUGUGA